UUAUCCCUUACUUCAAAUAAUUUUGAUAUUUUUGCUUUAAAAAAUUAAGUCUUAGGAGGAAGCCAUGAAUUUCUUACGCAGAUCUAUCAUACAUAUACAUCAUCUCUGGUGAAAUAUUUCUCUGGAAAGCAACUCAGAUAACAUAACAUGUCUGAUAAGAUGCGUAAUUUUUUCGAUUCCAUGGCUUCCUUCUUUGGUGUAGGCGACGAUCUUCCUUGGACAGAUGCUCAUAUUAUAUCUACCUGUGAACGUGAAGCUGCUGGAGAAGGAGCUGGCCUCUCAAAAGAUUCAGAUAUGAGUGACACCAUCAUGAGGUUAUCAUGGGCACUUGUACAUUCACGUCGUUCAUCCGAUGUUCAAAGAGGGAUAGCAAUGUUGGAAGCUGCAUUAAGCAAUGAUAUUGGGCCCACACAGAAAAGAGAGACACUGUAUCUUCUAGCGGUAGGCCACUACAGGGCUGAGGAUUAUGGAAGGAGCAGGCAAUACAUAUCCCAAGCAUUAGAGAUUGCUCCAGACUUCAGGCAAGCACUGACGUUGAAAAAAAUAGUUGAAGACAAAAUUGCUAAAGAUGGUGUGAUUGGCAUAGGUAUUGCAGUUGCUGCAGCAGGGGUAGUCGCAGCUGGGCUUGCAGCAGCAUUGUCACGAAGGAACUAAAUUACAAGUGAUACUCAGAACAAGUGAAAAUUUUAGUUGUCCCGAACCACGUGGAAUUUGAUACCAAGGAGAUCGCUUACCCUUUAUUACUCCUCAUCUCUGGACAAGAUCCCAGUAUAAUAAACUGUUGUUUCAUUGUGGAAUUUGAAUUCCUGUUUGGAUAUUUUUCAAACAUGAUUUGAAACUGGGAGAACUGCAAUGCAGUGGUCUUAUUAUGAUAGAUUCUGUAGGAAUUCAUGAAUAUAUAUAUUGGCAUAUGAUUUUAUAAUGUAAUGAAGAUUUUGUCCUCAAAUACCUGUAAAAUAUAUAUGUUUUCACUCGUCAUUCAUAUCCUAAUAUUUCUGGCAAGAGAUCCUGUUGAGUUGUCCAAAUUAUACUUAUAUUUGAAUUAAAGGACAGAAGAAUUCUCAAUC